AUGCCUACCAUACCCUUUAUUGGACGAUUACGGUCGCACGAAUACCCCGCUGUCUUCAUCUCUCUGCUCUUGGUCUUCUUCGAGUCAAUCUUGCACAUCAUCAUCCCGUUCAUUCCUAAAUCUAUCAUCAACUGGUGCUACCUCAAGUCCGCGAAACUCUUCCAUCGCUACGUUUCCUCGCCAGCCCCUCCUUCCCCACAACGGCGGCUCGCAGAUCGCAUCCGCCGCGCGCGGGACUUCGAGGCCCUCUGCAAUAUCUUCGGCUACCAGCAUGAAGAGCAUGUUGUACAGACGAAGGAUGGCUACCUCCUUGGUAUCCACCGCAUCCCCGUUCGUGCGGGUGACGCUCUCCCGCGCCCUGGAACGAGUACCGGCAAGCCCGUGGUGUAUCUGCACCACGGUCUGCUGAUGAACUCGGAGGUCUGGAUCUGCACUACGGACGCCCGCCGCGCCCUUCCCUUUGUUCUCGCCGAGGCCGGCUUUGACGUCUGGCUGGGUAACAACCGCGGGAACAAGUACAGCAAGAAGAGUAACCAUCACAACCCCGCGCAUCCGAAGUUCUGGGACUUCUCGAUCGACGAUUUCGCGUGGUACGAUAUCCCCGACAGCAUCGAGUACAUCCUGCAGACGACUGGUGCGAAGAGCCUCAGCUACGUGGGCUUCUCGCAGGGGACGGCGCAGGCGUUUGCGGCUCUCAGUAUACAUCCGCAGCUCAAUCAGAAGGUGAACGUGUUCAUCGCGCUCGCCCCAGCCAUGAGCCCCGCCGGUUUGUCUGCGCCCAUCGUGGACGGACUGAUGAAAGCCUCACCCUCUCUUCUCUUCCUCGUCUUCGGGCGCAGAGCUAUACUUUCGUCCGCGGCAAUGUGGCAAUCCAUCUUAUACCCGCCCAUCUUCAACCGCGUCAUCGACGUCUCUCUGGACUGGCUCUUCCGAUGGCGUUCAAAGAACAUAUCGUCACUGCAAAAGAUGGCGGCAUACGCGCACCUGUAUUCCUUUGCAUCGACGAAAUCCGUAGUGCACUGGUUUCAGAUCAUGCGCCACGGUCGUUUCUUGAUGUACGACGAUGAUGCGUACGGCUCGCGUGGACGUUCAUAUUGCCCCGUCCGCUUCCCCACACGCAACAUCGCGACUGACGUCGUUCUCCUAUACGGCGAUACCGACUCGCUCGUCGAUAUCGACGUGAUGCGGGCUAGCCUUCCGGACCAUAACGUUGAGGUGCAUCGGCUUCAUGGUUACGAACACUUGGACGUGUUGUGGGGCGAGAAUGUGCACAAGGACGUAUUCCCGGAUGUACUUGACAGUCUGCGCAAGCACGCUGAGAGGCCAGACAUGAUCAAGUUGCUCGAGCAUGCGCUUGAGAACGCGGGUUGGGCGAGCGGGUCUCACGCGAAGGGGACGACGAAUGGACACACCAACGGCAACGGCAAUGUCCUGUCGGGAGAUGAAACAAGCACAUCAGCAGCAGCCUGA